UUUUUGGUCGACGGUACUAGACUCAAUAUCUCCGACGUCGCUCUAGGAAUCCUGUGUUGCUUUUUCUUCAAAAGCAGCACGGCUCUUCCUAGUGUUUAAAAGGCCUGAGCAUUCAGGCUUUUACUACCAACAAGUCUUUCAAUCUGGACAGAUAAUUCCAUUUUUCUACUGUCCCCCCAUAAAUGCAGUAGAUAGUUAGGAAAGGACACUCAUUAGCUCAAAAUGACAUCGUACGAAAACGUACGAUGGGGCAUUCUGCUCAUAUGUAUGAUUGGAAAAAUAUCAGCACAAGGGAUUAACUACGCUCAGAAUGGUUUACCGCCACCAACGCCGCGAGACUGCAGUCUUGGCGGCAAGACUAUUCCUCAUGGCGAGACUAUAAACGAAUGCAGAACUGGUCAAUCCUGCACGUGUUUUGAUGGAGAACUGGACUGUAAUCAGAUCCAGUGUCCAGAACCUAAUUGCGGGGACGGUUACGAAUUAGUAGAAAUGCCGGAUUGCUGUCUUCAGUGUAUCCCUGUCAUAGGCAAGAAGGAUGUGGGUCUAAUUCCCGACCAUACUCAACUCGUUGGAAAGAUUGCUGUUGUUGCCGACGAGAAAGCUGGACCAGCAAUCGCGGGUAUUCCACUGACACAGGGAAUUCCAGGACCACGCGGACCUCAGGGACCAAUGGGCCCAUCUGGACCACAGGGAUUUAUGGGACAAAGAGGAGAACCAGGAGAACCUGGUCCACCAGGACAAGCAGGUUCACGUGGAUUCCCAGGACCAUCUGGUCCACCAGGAGCUGAUGGUGAUGAGGGACAACCAGGAGAACAAGGACCAUCUGGACAAAUUGGUUCCCCCGGAAACCCAGGACGUCCAGGUAUGCCCGGUUUGCCAGGACCUAAAGGUCACAGGGGUUUCCCCGGUGUCUCUGGAAAAGAAGGCCCAGUAGGAGGACCAGGACCGAAGGGACCUGCUGGUCUUUCCGGACCACCGGGAGCACCAGGACCCAUGGGACCUACUGGACCGACAGGAGAGCGCGGUAGGGAUGGAUCUCCAGGACCAAUGGGAUUACGAGGUAUGGACGGAGCGCCAGGGGAAACCGGACCUCAGGGACCAACUGGAAAUCCAGGACCUCCAGGAUUUAGUGGCAGUCCAGGACAAAAGGGUGAUGCUGGACAAGCAGGUCAGCGUGGUGCUUUGGGUCUUACAGGACCACCGGGCGAGAAUGGAAUCUCUGGACCACCUGGUACACCUGGAGCAGCUGGGCAAGCUGGAGUCGAUGGCACCCCUGGCCCCAAAGGAGAAUCGGGUUUGCAAGGUCCUCCGGGUUCACCGGGAUUCCCUGGUCCUCAGGGACCUCCAGGAGAGUCUGGCGAAUCUGGACCAAUGGGCAUGAAAGGAGAGUCUGGAAUGCACGGCGCUGAUGGUCGUGAAGGAAGCCCAGGCCCAGCAGGUCCACCUGGCCCCCAGGGAGAACGUGGUCUGCCCGGAUUAGCUGGAAAUCCAGGUUCACGUGGGCCUCAAGGAUUACCUGGAACAAUGGGAGCACCGGGAAUAUCUGGCGACAGAGGACCACAAGGUCUGCAAGGAAUGCCAGGUGCCAUGGGACCACCAGGUCAGCAGGGAAAUGACGGGGAGCGUGGAGCAACAGGAGAAGCUGGUGAGCCAGGAGAGAAUGGACAACAAGGACCGGCUGGAUUACCUGGUUCACCGGGACCAAGGGGACAACCAGGAAUUAGUGGAAACAAUGGGCGAACUGGACAACCUGGAGCAGCGGGAAUCCCAGGAGAUACUGGAAAGCCAGGAGAGCAAGGACCCACAGGGCCAGCAGGUGUACCUGGUCUGCCAGGAGCAGCCGGAGCAAAGGGAGAUGAGGGUAGCGCUGGACGACCUGGCGACUCCGGACCAACAGGUAGGCCUGGACCACGUGGUGAGAAGGGACCAGCAGGAGAGGUUGGACCUCAAGGAGGACCAGGAGCUGCCGGACCACAAGGAGAACGUGGUGAAUCUGGACCUAUUGGAGAGCCAGGAUUCCAGGGAAUUACUGGACAAGCUGGACCUCCAGGAGAGGCUGGAAGAGCCGGAGAACCAGGCAUCAUGGGAGAGCCUGGAGUCCCUGGAGAGGCCGGAGCCAGAGGUGAGAGAGGAUUCGCUGGAGAACAAGGACCUGCUGGACCUACUGGUGCCCCGGGAGAGAGAGGAGGUGAGGGACCAGCAGGAGAAAUCGGACAACCUGGACCACCUGGACCAUCAGGAGCACGUGGAGAUAGCGGUCCUCCCGGACUCGUAGGACUUCCAGGAGAGGCUGGAGCUCCAGGAAUGCGUGGAAAACAAGGUUUCACUGGUGAACCCGGUGAGGCUGGAGCACCCGGUCUCCAAGGUCUCCAAGGAGAACAAGGAGCUCCAGGACCACCAGGACUUAUCGGACCUGCCAGCCUUAUCUCGCCACCGAAGGGAGAACGCGGACCACCCGGAGAAUCCGGAGCAUCAGGUGAACCUGGAGAAGGAGGACCAAGGGGAUACGCUGGUCCACCAGGAGCAUUGGGACCAAUAGGACCAUCGGGACCACCAGGCGAGAGCGGACCAGAAGGAGACCCAGGCCAGACAGGACCACGAGGUGACGCAGGCCCAAGAGGAUAUCCAGGAGAACCUGGAGCUACCGGAGUGGCUGGUCAGGAUGGACUUAACGGCGCUCCAGGAGCUGUUGGUGAGACCGGCGCUAUGGGACUGGCUGGUUCCCCAGGUGCUCCAGGCAGGCCAGGACCCGGUGGCUUGCCAGGGGAGAAGGGAAAUACCGGAAUGGCUGGACCAGCCGGUAGGGCAGGAGAGCAGGGAGAUCGUGGAGAGAUCGGACCACCAGGACCUCCUGGCACGCCUGGUGCAGCUGGAUUCCCAGGUUCUGACGGAGCACCUGGAGAUAGAGGAAGUGACGGACAAAUUGGAGCACAAGGGCCUGUUGGUCCUACUGGACCUCAAGGUGAGAGAGGUGGACCAGGGUUCCCUGGUAUGCCUGGUGAAAUUGGACCUGUAGGAGAGGCUGGACCACAGGGUGAAACAGGAAAUACAGGAAAAGAUGGACUGGACGGUAUCCCAGGACCACCAGGAUCACCUGGACCAAUGGGUAGCGCCGGCUAUCCUGGACUGCCUGGAGAGACCGGAUCCCCUGGUAUGGAUGGCAAUAUGGGACCACCAGGUGUUACCGGAGCCAAGGGCAGCAGAGGACCAAUGGGCGUCUCUGGACUCCAGGGACCACCGGGACCACAGGGAUCAAUGGGAUCUACAGGUGCACCAGGAGCUCAGGGUGAACGAGGAGAGAGGGGAGCAGCAGGAGAGAGCGGACCAGUCGGAGCACCAGGACAACCAGGAACACAGGGACCAGCAGGACCUCAGGGAGACAAGGGAGACGCUGGAGCACCAGGUUUAAGAGGAGAUAAGGGAUGGCCAGGUCUGCCUGGAGGACAGGGACUGCAAGGACCUCAGGGAAACCCUGGUGAAAUGGGACACUCUGGACCUCCAGGACCACCAGGACAGCCAGGUAUCCAAGGGCAACGCGGACAAAGUGGACGCGAUGGCGAGCCAGGACCCCAAGGAUUAACAGGAGCACAGGGACCACGUGGACCUUCCGGAAAUGAUGGUGACAGUGGCCCUGCUGGACCUCAAGGACCACGUGGAUCUCCAGGACCUCCAGGAUUCGGACAAAUGUGUGCCGGAGCAGCAGCGCCAGUGAAGGCAGGAAGCUUCAUGUACGAUGAAGCUCUUAAGGAACUUCCAUCCACAUUCCUGCUUAGUUUAAGAGAGUCUAUCUCUCAUAUAUACAAACCUGACGGCACAAGCAAAUCACCAGCCUUGGACUGUGCUCACCUUUAUGAUACCCAGACUGAUGAAGCUAAAGCACAACUUAAAAACGGAUUUUAUAUGAUUGAUCCUGAUGGUCAAGACAUCAACAACGCUAUCCGUGCCUACUGUAGAUUUUCCACCAGAGAAACUUGCUUAGUACCAGGACAAAAUGAGUUAACAUGGGACUCUGUUGAAUCAUUCAUUGGAAGCACAAAAGAAUUCUAUUACAAAGCUACUAAGAGACAAAUCAGGAGUUUACAAGACGCAAGCGAAUCAUCAAGACAAAAUAUUACAUACAAAUGUCGCAAUCAUGACAUUACCCACAGCACCACCUCCUUCGAGACUUUCCUCGGCUGCAAUGUCAUGGCCAACAAGCCAAUCGGUGCCAAGCCUCGCUAUGUUGACGUCAGCGUACUCGAGGAUAACUGUGGUAGAUCAAGCCAGUGGGGCCAGAAGGUAUUCAGCAUUGAGUCAAGGAAAGCGGAAGCCCUGCCAAUAUUAGAUGUAGACAUAGAAGAAAGUGAUAUUAACGGUAGCAACGCAGAGUUUAAAAUAGUAUUAGGCGAAGUUUGCUUCAAAAAAGACUAAACUCAUUAAAUUGAUAAAUCUAAUCUUCAUUCUUUGAAACAUUUACUUGAAAUCAUGGCAGACGUUUGGUACUUGAAAUCGUGGCAGGAUGCCACACAUUUGGUGUAUUAUUUGAAAUCAAACCAUCUUCCGAUUGAUGGUGUAAAACACAAAUGAGAGUCUCGAAACAGCAUAAUAAAUCAUGGCAAAAAUAACAUCUUUAUUGAAAAACAAUUAAUAACAGCGAAAAAUGCGGGACCAUUUUUCUUUGGUAAAAUAUCAACUAUGAGCAAAUGUGUGUAAAUAUGAGCAAAUGUGUGAAUACGUGAUGAAUUGGUGAUACUUAUUGAUUUUAAGAACAAGAGAACACAUAAUUGGUUAAUAUCGAAAUGCAUAUUUACAAAAAUUCAAAUUCAUGGCAAAUUGGAAUAUAAUGGAAUAUAAGGGCAAUCAUAGCAACUUGAUAACCCAUGUUAUAUGUUCUCUUAUUCUGAUAAAGGGAGAUAACCUUAUCACAUCCGUCCAUAUGUAAUGAUCACUGUUUCAUCGUCUUUCCUUUCUGUCUAUGCAUAUUUAUAGGGGAAUGAAAUAUGUGUCCUGUUUAGGUUAACAAACAGGAUAGGUAUGCAAAUGCAUGUAUAUGCCGUUGUAAAAAGGGGAAUAAUCAAAUAUCUGUCUACUGUGUUGGUGUGAACAUUUACAAUUAAAAUCUGUCUUUACUUCUGGUUAGGGGGACAUAAUUCGCAUACUUUAUUUUUCUACCUCUCAUUAUUUCAUCAUUAUAAAUUCAUUUUUCAUGCGGCGUCAUUUCAAACACUAAACAGUAGCUAUCGGGGAACAAAAUAAAGUUUAUUAAGUU